CCUGUCAGCGAGCGCUGGAAAACUGCAUCGUCGGGUCGGUUCGGUGACAAAUUUUGGAAAUUUCUUAUCGAAUUCCAAGGUGUGGUUAAAGUUUUUACCAAAAUUAGCAUUUAAUUGGUUUGUGUUUGCUGUGAAAACUGUAAUUCGCAGUUUGUUGCCCGUGUCCAAUUCAGUGUAGUAAGAGUGCUCUUAGGAAAUUGCUGAAAAUGUCCGGAAGGCUACCAGCUUGCGUUAUCGACGUCGGAACGGGCUACACGAAGCUUGGUUUCGCAGCAAACAAGGAGCCCCAAUUCAUUAUUCCGUCGGCGAUUGCCAUUAAGGAAACGGCAAAAGUUGGUGACCAAAGCGCCCGCCGUGUUACAAAGGGGGUCGAAGAUUUGGACUUCUUCAUUGGGGAUGAAGCCUUCGAUGCAACGGGAUACUCAGUGAAGUAUCCUGUUCGGCAUGGCCUUGUUGAGGACUGGGACCUUAUGGAGCGAUUCCUAGAGCAGUGCAUUUUUAAGUACCUGCGAGCCGAACCUGAGGAUCACCAUUUUCUGCUGACGGAACCACCGCUUAACACCCCGGAGAAUCGGGAGUACACGGCGGAAAUUAUGUUCGAGACGUUCAACGUUCCCGGUUUGUACAUUGCGGUACAGGCAGUGCUAGCACUGGCCGCCAGCUGGGCUUCGCGUCCUGUUGAGGAGCGCACCCUGACCGGUAUAGUUGUAGACAGUGGUGAUGGUGUGACUCACGUUAUCCCAGUUGCCGAGGGAUACGUUAUUGGUUCAUGUAUUAAACACAUCCCAAUCGCUGGUCGAAACAUUACUUCGUUCAUCCAAAGUCUGCUGCGAGAGCGUGAGGUCGGCAUUCCACCUGAACAAAGUCUGGAAACUGCUAAGGCUAUCAAGGAACGGUUCAGCUAUAUAUGUCCGGAUAUUGCCAAAGAAUUUGCUAAAUACGAUUCUGAGCCAGCGAAAUGGAUGCGUCACUACGAGGGAAUCAACGCCAUUACGAAGCAACCGUUCGGCGUCGAUGUCGGGUACGAGCGAUUCCUGGGGCCGGAGAUUUUCUUUCACCCUGAGUUCUCCAAUCCGGAUUUCACGACACCACUGUCCGAGAUAGUCGAUACGGUUAUCCAGAACUGUCCCAUCGAUGUGCGAAGGCCACUUUACAACAACAUCGUUCUCAGUGGAGGAUCGACAAUGUUCAGGGAUUUUGGUCGUCGGCUGCAACGAGACAUUAAACGUAGUGUGGACGCUCGUUUAAGAAUAAGUGAAAACCUAAGUGAGGGACGUAUAAAGCCAAAACCUAUCGAUGUUUCGGUUAUCUCUCAUCACAUGCAAAGAUACGCGGUUUGGUUCGGCGGAAGCAUGCUGGCAUCAACGCCGGAAUUCUACCAGGUUUGCCACACGAAAGCGGCCUACGAAGAGUAUGGACCUGGCAUCUGCCGUCACAAUCCAGUAUUCGGAACCAUGACGUAGUUCUAUGGAUUAAUCUACUUUCGUGCCAGCUACGGCUGCUAAUAUUACUACUACAAAUACCACUUGUAGUGUUUCAAACAAAGAAAAAAAAAAGAAAAAGAUGAAUUGGAUGAAACACGCGAUUCUAGCCAGUCAUGCGAAAGGGCCUUAGCGGCGGUAUAAAAUAAUACGUCUAAUUUACUCCUACACAUCAUAUUAUUUGAUUGAAAAAUAUUUUUAAAUUCUACUCUUAUUUAGGAUCCUUUUUAUUUGUGUUGCUGUUGAUUCCGUUAUCAAAAAUAAGUAUUACUAUUAUUAUAAUUUCAGAGGGCCCAUGAGCCCUGUGUCGACCAAUAUUAGGACUUAAAUCAACUUUUGCUGAGGUUGAGGAUUUCUCCAACGUCCUCAUAUUGCUCGUGCCCCUAUGGCCCCUUUUCACACAUUCGGCUAGAGUUGAAUCUUUGGCGCAACAAACAAAACGAGAACAAACGUUCAUUCCUCUUGAAGAAAAUUAUUGUGAACAGCAUUGAAACAGUUUCGCAUUUAUAACAUGAAUUUUGUUUAUUGUUCCAUUGUAUUUUUAAAAUUUAUGUGUAUUUGUCGCGGUUCUAGCGAUACGAAAUAGAUUGAAAUGCAUUUUCGUCUUUUACUGGCGUGUCAAAACAAGCUGUGCGUGCAGUCAAAGCGAAAGCUAAUUCCAUUUGAAGCGUGCAACAUCAAUCAUAGCAUUUUCGAUAGUAACAGCAUUAGAAAUUGUCUACUUUUCACUGUUCUUUUUUAUUUGUCUGUUAGUUGAGUGAUUUGAAAUGUUUAUUCUACGCUAUUAUAGUCCAGUUACAGACGAACAAAACAAAUAGGACGAAGAAUUUUUCUACUUCAUUAUAGCUUACCUUAAGUGGAACAAUUCGCCAAUCGCUGAUCAAUGAAGAGCUGUGGAUCAGAUGUGUACACUUGAAUUAGAUAAUAAAGUUCAAUUUAAAAGGAGAAA